GCGGAAAUCUCCCGGGAUACAGGAAGUCAGCGGGAAUGGGGGACUCUGAGGCUGAUUACAGAAACGCACCUUGAGUUUGGGAUGUGGUGGGGUCCGUGCUGGUGAAGGGGGGGGGGGGUGGGAGGAUGGGAGGAUCCUGGACGCAUCUGCUGCUUUUUCACCUUCUCUGCAAAAUGUUUGCCCCCUGUUGACCCCCGAGAAGGGGGUAAGGGAAGGGUCUCCUGUGGGGAGGGGGUCCCCUGGAGUCCCCGGGAUCAGACGGGGUAGCGUUGAGUGGGGUGAGGGGUGUCACACCCCCUCCCGCCCGGAAUUCCCAGGACGGCUGUGAAGCGAGUGCUGCUCCUGCUCUGUUACUUUGUUGCACUCCUGCAGCUGAGGAAAAUGUGGAGCAGUAAAUACCUGCGGAGCCCCUUGUCCCGCUCGUUGUUCAGCAACGUGAGGCAUCAGGGCGACGAAGAACACGACAAGUCCCAGUGGUAUGCCUGUGACAUGGAAUUGCUGCCAAUAUGUCUGCAGCCAUCAUUUGUUCAGAGUCAUCUAGAUGUGGGGACACAUGCGUUUCUCAGGCAAUGUUCAGAGAAAUCCAGCUGGCUUUUUGUUCAGAUUUAUUACUCCCUCGUCACUUCUGUGUUUGGUCUGUUCAUGUCCAAGACCUCCAUCAAUGGGCUGCUGGGAAGAGGUUCGAUGUUUGUCUUCUCUGAAGAGCAAUUUCUUCGGCUGCUGCGAGUAGGACCAGACUGGGGGGCAGCCAGAGUGCUUGAUCUUGGGGCUGGAGAUGGAGAGGUUACUAAAAUCAUCAGCCCCCAUUUUGAAGAGGUCUAUGUGACUGAAGUGUCUCCUACCAUGAAAUGGCAACUUAAAAAGAAACAGUACAGAGUCCUGGGGAUUGAUGAGUGGCAGGACACUGGCUUUUAUUACAAUAUGAUUAGCUGUCUAAACUUGCUGGAUCGGUGUGAUCAACCUUUGACUCUGCUGAAGGACAUCAGGAAUGCUCUGGAGCCAAGUGAAGGCCGUCUGAUAUUGGCUGUGGUCUUGCCCUUCCAACCCUAUGUGGAAAAUGGUGGUAGAUGGGAGAGACCUUCGGAAUAUCUCGAGGUAACCGGAGAGACGUGGGAAGAGCAAGUGGCCAGUUUUAGUAACGAUGUGUUCAGCAAAGUGGGCUUUGCCAUUGAAUCUUUCACCCGGCUCCCAUAUCUGUGUGAAGGAGACUUGUACAAUGAUCACUAUGUACUGGAUGAUGUGGUCUUCGUUCUUAAACUGGUUUAAAACUGCAUUGUCCAGAUAUUUCAUAACGAAGAAAGCAACACAACAAUUUCAAACAGCUAGAAUGGUUUCAUCUUUCUAAUCAGUCAAAUAAUGGGUUAAAGCACAGCUUGUUUAACUUUAAGUGAAUUUAAAUAUUUUGUGAACUAUUUGAUAGACACUCUAUGGUCAUAUAUAUAUUACUUUUCUUGUUGAACCCUCCUUUCUAUCUUGCUGCUGUGACUUUGAACACAGCAUCCCGUGCCUCUCCCUGCUCAAUGAUUCAUGCUUCGGUGAACAGCUAGGUAGGGUUCCCAGCUCUCCAGGGUUGGCCUGGACUCUGCGGAAAUUGACAAUUAAUCUUAUGAAUGCUGCUACAAACAGAAUUCAGGAGGAGAACAAUCAUUGAAAUCUUUUUUAAGAAAAAAAAUCAUUGCAUUUAUUUCCCCCAGUUUAUUUGAUUACCUUGAUUAUUAAUAUUGGGAAAGUUGGAAAUCAUGUGAAGAAACCAGGAAUACAUCCAAUGUCGAGUUGGCAACCUUAGGGGUUGGUGAGAAUUUCGUUCCACUCUAAGUGGUAGUCCUCCACUCAUGGCAUCUAGCCAACAAAGUCAGAACUGGCAACAUUUAAGCAGAAAUGGGGAGACUGGUUUGAAACCAUUGUUCAAAAAGGUGUCCACUCCUGCACCUCAGCACAGCCACAAUAACUGAGCCAACGCUAGCAAUGAGUUUAAUUGAAACACAAUGACAUAAAGGAUUCAUUGAAAUUUCCCGGAUAUUGUGUUAUUCCAGUGGAGCUGCUUUAUUUUAGAAUUUAGAAAUCUGGUUCAUUUGUACAUCGCCAUCUGUGGGCUGUCACAAGAGGCGAAGAGUCAUAAUCGUCUUGGUUUAAGUGGGAUUGUUUAAACCAUCUUAAAUAUUCUACGGUGUUUUACAGUUUAACAAGCAAUCCUCUAAGUUCAUGACAAGAACUGGUAAAUGCUUAACAUGUGACAGUCCAAAGUUUAAUUUUUUAAUCUUGUAGAUUAUUUACUUUUAAAACAGGUUGCCUUUGGAUGUAAGAGAUGAUCAAGUGUCGGUUUCCUUGAUCUAGUACUUUAUAUUUUAUUCCAUGUUGCCUAUUGAAAGAAUAAAAGAAGAAUACAUUUUCCUUA